GUUGCAGAAAUUGGAAAACGUUUGGACAACGUGAGUUGUGUGUGAUGUUUCUACACUGUUGCUUAGUCUAAAAAGUCAACGCUAGUCGUAAGAUACGAUCACGACAGGGAAAAGCUACUGUAAAGAGCUCUGAACAUGGCUUUGAACAAAUCCAUGCAUCCUCGGAACCGCUACAAAGACAGACCACCUGACUUCGCCUACCUGGCCUCCAAGUAUCCAGACUUCCAGCAGCACGUGCACACCAGCCUAACAGGACGACCUGUUGUGAAUUUCAAAGAGCCGGAGGCGGUACGAGCGCUGACCUGCACCCUGCUGAAAGAGGACUUUGGUUUGACCAUUGAGAUCCCUCUGGAACGCCUCAUACCCACCGUCCCCCUGCGCCUCAACUACAUACACUGGGUGGAGGACCUCAUCGACGGCCAGAAACGGCUACGCAGGGGCAUCGACAUCGGCACUGGGGCGUCUUGUAUCUACCCCUUGCUGGGAGCCACAAUGAAUGGCUGGUAUUUCCUUGCCACAGAGGUGGACGACAUCUGUUUUGACUAUGCUACAAAAAAUGUAGAGCAGAACAACCUGUCUGACCUCAUUAAAGUUGUCAAAGUUCCUCAGAAGACUUUACUGAUGGACGCCUUGAAGGAAGAGACAGAGAUCAUAUACGACUUCUGCAUGUGCAACCCUCCUUUUUUUGCAAACCAGCUAGAAGCAAAGGGGGUAAACUCCAGGAACUCACGGCGACCUCCUCCCAGUUCAGUGAACACAGGCGGGGUGACGGAGAUCAUGGCGGAGGGUGGGGAACUGGAGUUUGUCAAGAGGAUCAUUCACGAUAGUCUGCAGCUCAAGAAACGCCUGCGCUGGUACAGCUGCAUGUUGGGGAAGAAAUGCAGCCUGGCACCUUUGAAAGAGGAGCUGAGGAAGCAAGGGGUGCCUAAAGUGACGCACACAGAGUUCUGCCAGGGACGGACCAUGCGGUGGGCGCUGGCCUGGAGUUUUUAUGAUGAUGUGAUUGUACCGUCUCCUCCCAGUAAGAAGCGCAAACUGGAAAAGUCCCGGAAACCCUUGUCGUUCACACUUCCAGAGGCAGGAGUCAAGGAGCUCCAGGUGAAAGCCUUGGCGAUCGGCUGCACUGCCUGUAGCCCUGUGGACAGCAUCACUGCCCUGCUGGAGAGAACACUCACUGACCUGAGGGUGCUGCACAAACAUGUCCCCUGCAAAAAGCAGGAGCAGAGUCUCUUUCUGACAGCUGUGGAGAACACUUGGAUCCACGGUCGUCAGAGACGACGUGAACAGAAGCGUCAGUUGCGAGAGCUCCCUAGAGCGCCUCACUGUGCAGGAACCAGCUCUCAAACCACUGUGGCCUCAGCUGUGCCCGCCACGGCCAAAUCAAACAAACCUGCUUCCACACAAAACAGCAAGACCCAAGGUGAUCACGCUCAAAACAAAACCACUUCUGCACAGGAGCUAGAUGAACAUCAGCUUGAAGAGGAGACAGGAAAUGGCUCCUCUUCAAAUGACAUAAGUAAUGAUGUAACGCAGAACACAACUGGAGAACAAAAAGAAGUCUCAGAAGAUGUAACUGGUGAAGAUGUGGACAUGGAGUCUAUAGGCCCAAAGGAAAUACUUGCCGUAGCAAGUGAACUGCCCUCGAAGCAACCCCCGAGCCCUGGUGCAGUCCAACACUUCCUGUUUAAGUGUCUGUUGAAUGUGAUUCUGGAGGAGAGCGAUGUGAUGGUUGAGAUGCACUGGGUCGAGGGUCAGAACAAAGACCUGAUGAAUCAACUGUGCACUUACCUGAAGAACACACUUUUAAAGUCUGUUGCAAAGUCCUAAAUGAUCAGAAAUAAAAACACGGGUGCGAAUUUCACAAACAUUAUUUUUAGAGAUUAGUUCCUUUCUGGACGGUUAAAAUUAUUUUUCUCUGUAUAUUUGUAUGCAGCUUUUGAGAGGUUUGGAAAAUGCCGAAUCCUCUGUGGCCACUGGAAAUUUAUUCCAGUAGAGAAUCACAAUUACAUGUUGCCAUUAUUCAUUUCAGAUUUUCCUGUACUUGUUAGUUUACCUUUUAAUGCAGUACAUACUGCACACUGGUAUUUUUCCUCAAAGCUGUCAAAACAUUUGGAAUAAAUGUACAUUUUUAUAACA